AUGGAACGGUUGGUCGACAAUGAAUACCCGACGGCAGACGAGUUCUGGGACAAGAUCGAGGACGUGCUUGCAUCGCCCUGUCCUGAUCACGACGCCAUCGACGACACUCUGCGAUCCUACCUAGAGAUUCUCGACGCUCACCACAAAGACUACAUUGCCACAGACGAACACCUGGGUCACUGCGCAUAUUUGCUAUAUGCAUCACCUCUCUUUACGGAGCAUACGGCCUACAUUCGUCGGCAAUUGAUUUACUCUCUGCUUCAGGAUGAUGAACCCACGCACCUGCGCAUUGCUGUCACCUUUCUGCUUGCCGAUGCACGAGAGAAUGAGCAGACCUUUGACCUGCUCAACAACGAGGGUUGCUUUCCACGUCUGAUUGACCUGAUUGCUCAUCCUCACCGGGAUGAAGAGUCUGUACACAGAACACUUAUGGAGCUGCUCUAUGAGUUGGCCAGAGUACAAAAGAUUACGAAUGAUGAUUUGACAUGUGUUCACGACGAAUUUGUUUCCGGCUUGUUUGACAUUAUUGAACAAGUUUCCCACGAUGUAAACGACCCAUACCAUUACCCUGUUAUUCGAGUUCUUCUUGUUUUGAACGAGCAGUUCAUGGUUGCUGCUCAUGAUCCUGCUGUACUUGCGAAAAAGUCAACGCCUUUAACCAACAAGGUGGUAAAGGUACUUUCCUCCCAUGGAAGCCGAUACAAGACGUUUGGCGCAAACAUUAUUCUAUUACUUAAUCGCGAAGACGAAACUUCACUUCAAUUGUUGACCUUAAAGCUCAUGUACCUUCUAUUCACUACGCCUCCCACCUACGAAUAUUUCUACACCAACGACCUACACGUUCUUGUGGACAUACUAGUCCGCAAUCUGCUAGACUUGCCAGAGUAUGCUUCUGCCCUUCGACACACCUAUCUUCGAGUCCUCUAUCCCCUCCUCGAACACACUCAGCUUCAGUUCCCACCCUACUACAAGAGGCAGGAGAUACGCAAGCUGCUGGCCUUACUAUGUGGUGAUCGCGUCGAGCAUGAAGAUGGGUCUUCUCUGCCAGGCGGCGCCUGGAACCAUUUCGAAGAUGUCGACGAUACAACCAAACGGCUCGUCAAACGCUGUCAAGGCGUCAGCUGGUUGUCCGAUCCGGAGACUGAUCUGGUCCGAAUGGAUUCUCCAAUAGAUGAAACGACAAGUGAGCCAAGUUCGCCUAUGUCGCCCACCAAACCUCAACCACCACAAUUGCCCGCUCCUCGAAAGUUGCGUAAACGUGACUCCUCUAAAGGUUCGACAUUGACCAUUGGCGGCUUCCUUACUCCACAUCUGGAAGGUGCACGCCAGUCGAGUAUGAGUAUGGCUGAGAUGGCUCAGCAGAAAGAGAAGCCGGGCGUAAUAACACCUAGCCGGAAUCCAAGCUUCAAGCACGGUCUAAGACAAGCCAUAUUUACAGGCAAGAAAGAAAAGCCUGCACCACCAAAGUCUCGUCGCUCGGGCUUUAUGAGGCCAAGAAUUCAUUCAAGUCAGACUGAGACAGCUAUAACCGCGGAAGGGCUGGAUAAUGCUCAGAUGUCGCCUCCAAUUCAAACAGAAGAGAACGACAAAUAUCAAGAUGCAGUGGAAAUACAGCAACUUGACGUGCAAAUAGAGUUGCCGCGAAAAUUGAGUAUAGAGUCCCAAGCAAGCAGUUCAGGACGACGGUCUCCCAACCAUCGAAGCAAGCCACAAACGAAGAGUCCGCCGCCGGCUCCCAAAGCACGGAGAGGAUGGCGUAUGCGCAAGAGCAAGGAUCUUCAACAGGAGCACGAUAAUGAACCUGGCAGAUUUUCAGCGACACUGCCCUCGAUCAAUACCGUCGCAGAGCACAAUCCCUUCUCACCACCGACUGAAGCCGCAUCCGAUCAUUUCCCGUUUUCGCCAGUCAGAGACAAGACACUAGAUCCAGCAAGAUCACCUACUUCUCCUACCACCUCCCACACCCCAAAACGUUCAGUCAGCGACGCCCUAAAUCAAGCACAGGAACAGGCCGUACAGCAAGUCGAAGAAUGUCUGGAGCACACGCACCUCACCACCAACUCCCAACACGAUCAAAGCUACCCAUCACCAAUCAACCCAGUCGAACAACCUCAUCGCCAUCCUCCAAGAAGCAGCAGUCUCCAGCCCUUGACCGAAACAGAUCAAGAAUUCCACCCCAUACACGUCCAACAAACCGUUCUCGCACCACCCGGUCAGGCUCCCAUUCGGGCUGUCCCAGGUCCUCGCAUUGACCUUGAAAAGAGCCCGUUUCUGAGCGAUGACGAGGAACACGAAGCAGAGGUAGAGGCGGAGAGCGACGCAAAAAGUCCUGAUGAAAUUGCUAGCGCUGGGACUGGCCUCGGAAUUAGUGACGGCGCACGGACGGCGGUGCCUCAUCUCCGAACGAAGGAAAGUUGGGAGGAUUUUGACAAUGAGGAGUGA